AUGUCGCUCCUUGCAAAACGAGGCCUCCGGUACGCCGCGCCAAUGUGCAGCAGAGCCACGCCGGCCCAGGGCGCCCGCGCUUUCGGCGCGUCAGUCGCGGCGAGGAAGUCGCCCACGGACACGGUCAAGGACGGGCUGAAGACGGUGGACAGGACCGUCACAGAUAACGUCGUCUUGCCUGGCUUGGAAGCUGCCACAUCUGCCGGAAGCAAGAUCAAGGAGGGGGCCGAGGCGAUUGCUCACGGGAGCAAAGGCAAGGCGGCCGAGGUGAAGGGCAAGGCCAAGGGCGCUGCGGCCGAGGCCGAGGGGAAGGCCAAAGGGGCGGCGGAGAAUAUCAAGAGUCAGCUGUGA